AUGGGGUCUCCUUUGACAGUGGCUGACAGGCUGUAUGUUUAUGCUCUGCAUGGCUUCCUUAUUGAAGUGUUAUUUUCGGCCACUUGGGACUUUGUCUUGAUGCAGAAAUGGACGUUAGCAGGCUGUUCAAACAUUUGGUCCCUUCCCAUCUACGGAAUUUCCGGUCUAGUCAUGGAAGUCCUGGCCGACAAAAUGCUCUCCCGAGGUCUGGUCUGGCCAUGGCGCGGCCUCGUCUAUCUAGUUUGGAUCUACUGCUGGGAGUACUCGUCCGGCUUUGUCCUACGCUCUCUCAACGCCUGCCCGUGGGACUACUCAGCGUUCGAUUACAACAUCAACGGUCUCAUUACCCUUGAGUACGGCCCCUUGUGGAUGGCCGCGUCGCUGCUAAUGGAAAAAGUGGUCAUUCAAAGACUAUCGCACCUCAGGUGGCAUCCGAAACCGGCUGUCAAAUCUUUCAAGUUGAACUGA